AUGAGCAGCGUAAAGCAUAUUCCUAUCCCAGGCCCCAAAGGCGUUCCAUUCCUGGGAAAUGUCUACGAUAUUGACCAGGAGAUGCCAAUCCGAAGCUUUGAGUUGCUGGCAGAUCAAUAUGGUCCAAUCUACCGACUGACCACUUUCGGCGUGUCGAGAGUGGUGAUUUCUACUCAAGAACUCGUCGACGAAGCGUGCAAUGAGGAGCGAUUCGCUAAAUCGGUAGAUGGUGGUUUGGGCCAGCUUCGCCAUCUUCUUCACGAUGGAUUGUUCGUACCCCGGCGAAGAGAACUGGGCGCUUGCGCACCGUCCCAUCGCCAAUUGUACCACUAUUGCAUCGGACUAAAGAGUUGUCAAUCUGCCACAGAGAUGCAAGACAUUGCCAACCAGCUCGUCAUGAAAUGGGCUCGACAGGGACCUGAGACUCCCAUUGUGGUCACGGAAGAUUUCACCCGCCUGACUCUCGACUCCAUUGCUCUCUGCGCCAUGGGAACCCGCUUCAACUCUUUCUACCACGAUAGCAUGCACCCCUUCGUAGCUAGCUAUAGGGCACAGCGCCCAUCUCUGUUAAACCAACUGCCCACGAGCGAUAACAAUUCUUUCUGGAACGAUAUUUCUUAUAUGAGAAAUUUGGCGAAGGAAUUGGCCGAAGAUAGGAGGAAGCAUCCUUCAGACAAGAAGGACCUGCUCAACGCUCUCAUCCUCGGCCGAGACCCUCAGUCAGGGAAGGGCCUCAGUGAUGAGUCGAUCAUUGACAACAUGAUUACCUUUUUAAUUGCAGGCCACGAAACCACAUCUGGAAUGCUGUCCUUUGUUUUCUACUAUCUACUCAAAAAUGCACCUGCGUAUAAAAAGGCACAGGAAGAAGUGGACAGGGUGAUUGGCCGACGGAAGAUUACCGUGGAUGAUCUCCCCAAGUUGCCGUAUAUCAAUGCAGUCAUGCGAGAAGCACUACGCCUUAACCCCCCGGCGAGUGCCAUAAGAGUCCAUGCGCAUCCGACUAAGAACAAAGAAGACCCUGUGACCUUGGGGAAUGGAAAAUAUGUUCUAAAUAAGGACGAGCCAAUCACGGUGCUUCUCCCGAAAUUACACCGCGACCCCAAGGUCUACGGUGCGGACGCCGAGGACUUCAAGCCUGAGAGGAUGCUGGAUGAGAAUUUCAACAGUCUCCCUCGGAACGCCUGGAAGCCUUUUGGAAAUGGCAUGCGAGGUUGUAUUGGGCGGCCAUUUGCUUGGCAAGAAGGCUUACUGGCCAUUGCUUUGCUGUUGCAAAAUUUCAACUUUCAGCUGGAUGACCCAAGCUAUGACCUGCGGAUCAAACAGACACUCACUAUCAAGCCGCAGGAUUUCAAGAUGAGAGCUACUCUCAGGCAUGGGCUGGACCCCAUAAAGUUGGAGUCAGCUUUGAACAGUGGAUCUGUGCCUCCUGAAUCUUCCAAGGUAGCUAGGAGGGAACGUAAGAAAGACGCAGCCCUUUCCGAGGGAGACAUGAAGCCGAUGCACAUUUUCUUUGGUAGCAACACCGGAACCUGCGAGGCUUUGGCUCGGAGAUUGGCAGAUGAUGCAGCCGCAUGGGGAUUUAGUGCCAAGGUCAAUUCGCUGGAUUCCGCCACUGAGCAUGUUCCGAAAGGAGAUCCUGUGGUUUUCAUUGCUGCAUCUUAUGAAGGCCAACCCGCUGACAAUGCGGCCCACUUUUUCGAGUGGCUAAGCGGAGCGAAGGAUAAUGAACUCGAGGGCAUAAAUUAUGCCGUAUUCGGUUGUGGACAUCAUGAUUGGACUGCCACCUUUUACCGGAUUCCAAAAGCCAUCAAUGAGCUGGUGGGCGAGCAUGGUGGGAAUCGCUUGUGUGAUAUUGGAUUAGUUGAUACCGCCAUCGCCGACAUGUUUACUGAUUUCGAUAACUGGAGUGAGUCGGCAUUAUGGCCUGCCAUAAGUGCGAAAUUUGGCUCCAAAGCUCAGGGUCAGGCUGGCAAGAAAGCCAGCUCAGGCCUACAAGUCGAAUUCAGCUCAGAAAAGCGAGUGACAACCUUGGGCCUCCAGCUGCAGGAAGGAUAUGUGAUUGAGAACCAACUCCUAACAGCACCCGACGUUUCAGCGAAACGGCUGGUGAGAAUCAAGCUUCCAAGCGACAUGACCUACCAGUGCGGUGAUUACCUUGCCGUGCUUCCCGUGAACCCAACGAGCAUCGUCCGUCGAGCAAUGCGUCGGUUCAAACUGCCUUGGGAUGCUUUUUUGACUGUUCGCAAGCCAUCCCAGACCCAAAGCGGACCAUCAGCCAUUCCCAUUGACACCCCAAUCUCGGCCUUCGCUCUCCUCUCCUCCUAUGUUGAACUGUCCCAACCCGCGUCCAAACGAGACCUGAUUGCCCUGGCAGAUGCAGCCGUGGCCGACGAAGAAUCCCAGGCCGAGCUGCGAUACAUGGCCAACAGUCCUAGCCGCUUCAAUGAGGAGGUUGUCACCAAACGCCUCAGCUUGCUGGACAUUUUGGAUCGUUAUCCUUCCAUCGGCCUACCACUCGGCGACUUCCUAGCCAUGCUCCCGCCCAUGCGAGUACGCCAGUACUCUAUCUCAUCCUCACCACUUACGGACCCGACAGAAUGCUCAAUUACAGUGUCCGUGCUCAACGCACCCUCACUCUCCGGCACCGACGAGCCGUACAUGGGCGUAGCCUCUACCUACCUUUCCAUUCUCCAGCCUGACGAGCGCGUUCACAUCGCUGUCCGUCCCUCCCACUCAGGCUUCAAGCCCCCCACCGACCUGAACACGCCAAUGAUAAUGGCCUGCGCAGGAAGUGGCUUAGGGCCUUUCCGCGGUUUUGUCAUGGACCGGGCUGAAAAGAUCCUCAGCCGAAGCGACUCUAUUACCGAAAAGCCCGCCCCGGCUAUUCUCUACGUCGGCUGCCGCACCAAAGGCAAGGACGACAUUCACGCAGAAGAGCUCGCUGAAUGGUCUCGCAAGGGUAUCGUCGACGUCAGAUGGGCAUACAGCCGUCCCGCCGACGGCUCCGUAGCCCAGCACAUCCAGGACCGGAUUACAAGUGACAGAGAUGAAGUAGUCUCGUUAUUUGAGCAGGGGGCUAGGAUCUAUGUUUGUGGAAGUGCGGAACUAGGCAAGGCUGUGCGCCAAGCGUUUAACAAUAUCUACGUUGAUGUGAAGAAGGAGCGUCGUCGGAUUGCGUUGGAAACGAAGCAGGAAGAUGUCCCACCUGAGGUGAAUGAUGAAGAGGUUGAAAAGUUCUUUGAUCACUUGAAGGCGAGCAUGCGUUAUGCGACUGACGUGUUUACUUGA